AUGGCAUAAGUUACAAAUUAGAUUCGUGAUGGUUUCAACGAGUGGGUGCUUUUUAUUUGGCAUAAUUAUAAUUAUGAGGUGCGUGGUGGUGUAUGCUCUCCUAUUAAUGUUAAUUAGUAGGAUAUAAUUAUGAUGACUCUGGAAAUUAAAAGCAUGUAAUACAUAGAUAAUGGGGAAAUAGAUGAUAUUAAUCAUUGGGUAUAACUUUACAAUAAUAAAUUAGAUUUAAUAACUUUAAAAGAAGAAGAAUAAGGGGUUAUUAUUUGAAAAACUCGUUUUUAUGCUUAUAAAUUGCCUUUUUGGACAAACUUAGAAUGGUAUUAUUAUACCCAUCUUCAUUACUUCAUGA